AUGAAUGAUACGCACUUGAUUCAGACAACAGUGAAACAAGCUCAUCUCGAAGAAAUUAGUCAUUAUAUCUAUGCGAUUGUUUAUCCCAUUGUGUUUCUUUUGGGACUGAUUGGAAAUUUAUUCUCAUCAUUAGUUUUCUCUAUAACAAAACUGCAGCGCACAUCAUGUGGAGUUUAUUUUAUUCUUCUUGCCGUCGCAGAUUCGAUUGCAUUGAUCGGCGGUCUUCAUCAUUGUCUCACAAUUGGCUAUCAUGUCAAAGUCCGCAAUGCUAUCUAUUGCCGCGUUCGAAAUUUUCUUCUCUACACAGCCAUGGACAUGGCUUCGUGGAUGGUUGUGGCCAUAUCAGUUGAUCGAUUUUUAAAAAUGAAAUUUCCCAUAAAAGGACGAAAGUAUGCGACACGGAAAUUAGCAAUUAUUGUCUCAUGUGUGAUAACCACUGUGUUUGUUCUGAAAAAUGCUCAUCUAGCAACACCUUUUAUCGGCGAUUUUUCUGAAGAUGCUGCCGAUCAUUGUGAUCCCAAUCCUGACUAUCCGAAUUACAUGUCAUUCUUCAAGAAUGUCUGGCCAUUUAUCGAUCUUGCUACCUUCGCACUAUUUCCAUUCGUAAUCGUCACUGUAUGUAAUGCAUUUAUCAUCCGUGACCAAUACAAACGACGUUUCAAACUUCGAAAACGUAAUCUUGAUCAUUCAUUAAUCACCUUACUUUUAGUCAGUUCGAUUUCGUUAAUUAUCUGUAAUCUUCCGAUUACCAUACUCGCUGUUGUUUAUCCGUACGUAUCAUUGUCGUAUGACACAAAUGAUACGUACGAUGAAGUUGCAUUUGCGUUUGAUAUUUUACGUUUACCCUCAUAUGGUUCGUUAGCAUUGAAUUUUUAUUUGUAUUAUUAUAAUUCAGCUGUUUUUCGGCAACAAGCCGUGCUCUUGUUUAAGCGAAUAUUUCGUAUUCCGAUCGAAAGAAAUGAAGAUAUUGAAUUGACGAAUCGAAUACCUACGGAUCGAACUCGAUUUGAAAAUCGAUUGUAUUCCAUUGAAGAAUCUGACGAAUAUCAACAAAUAUCUGGUUCAACAUCGAAUGACAAUAGUUUCAUCUCCAGUUUCUAUCGACAAAACUAA